ACUGAUCACGUGACCAGACUGACUUUCUUCGCAGUUUAGAGGAGAUCCGCUGUCACACACACAGUCAUGGCGUUCUUCUCUCACCACUUCACCCGAGCUCUGAGCUCCUCUACCGCCCGACACGCCGCCAUUAAACACGUUACUGUUAUCGGAGGAGGAUUAAUGGGCUCGGGGAUCGCCCAGGUUGCGGCGACAACCGGACAUUCAGUUGUGCUGGUGGACACUUCCGAGGACAUCCUAAAGAAAUCCACUAAGGGCAUUGAGGGCAGCCUGAAGAGAGUAGUGAAGAAGAAGUUUGCAGACAAACCCGAGGCCGGAGAGGAGUUUGUUCAGAAGGUGCUGAAGAACAUUUCCACGAGCACAGAUGCUGCGUCUGUGGUGAAGAGCACCGAUUUGGUGGUGGAGGCCAUCGUGGAGAACCUCAAAGUGAAGCAGAGUCUCUUUUCUGAACUGGAUAAAGCGGCACCACAACACACCAUUUUUGCCAGUAACACGUCCUCUCUUCCGAUUGCGGAUAUCGCCGUGUCGACAGCUCGCUUAGACCGGUUUGGAGGGCUCCACUUCUUUAACCCUGUCCCUAUGAUGAAGCUGGUGGAGGUCGUCCAGGCUCCAGGAACAAGUCAGGAAACAUUUAACACACUUCUGGAUUUCACCAAAGCAUUAGGAAAGCAUCCAGUCUCAUGCAAAGACACUCCAGGCUUUAUUGUAAACCGUCUGCUCGUGCCGUACCUAAUGGAGGCUGUCCGACUACACGAGCGAGGUCAUGGUUCCAAAGAGGACAUCGACGUAGCCAUGAAGCUUGGAGCCGGUUAUCCCAUGGGUCCCUUCGAGCUUUUGGACUAUGUUGGAUUGGACACGUCUAAAUUCAUCAUUGACGGUUGGUAUGAGACGGAGCCAGAAAACCCCUUGUUCGCUCCGAGUCCGCUCCUCAACAAGCUUGUGUCUGAGGGCAAGCUGGGGAAGAAAACCGGAGAGGGUUUCUACAAGCACAAAUAAACAGAAUCGGGAUGAGGCUGAACUUUCAGAGAGGAAAAUUAUUAAUUAACACAUGGAGAAAGGCCAGUGAGCUGGAAUCAGAAUAACAGAUCAAUAAACAGCAGUUGUGCAAUAGAGACAAAAAAGAAAAAUAGACAGAAAAAAGAAAAAUAGACAGAAAAAACACUAGUGCCUUGCUGCAGUGCCAUGAAGAGAACAAAUCAGAUUAUUAUGAUUUCUGAUUGUCGCUUUUGUAUGUCAGUAAUAAAAUAAAUAGAGAGUAAAAUCUUUACAUUUGCUA